AUGAACGCUCAGUUUAUUCCCAUUACCUCAAGAGUAUAUAACUGGAAUUUUGAGGAGACACAAAGAGCUUGCACAGAUGAUAGCUACGUGGUCUCUCACCUUCUGUUCAAUCCUGAGCUGAAUGAAGUGAUCACUGGUGGCGACUGUGUGCGGUUCUGGAGCUACAAACGUGUGGAGACUAACAAAUUAAAUUUCCUGCCCAUGUCCAAUUAUCGCCUCGUCCUCAGGCAUGAGUUUUGUCUGGAGGAGGGACGAUGGUGCACCCACAUGGAGCUGGAUGUGCCACAGCAGCGCCUCUACUUCUUCUCCCAUGUGAACAUCCUGUGCUGCGAUAUGGCGGGCACCAUACUGACGCGUCUCAGGAACACCCACAGUGGCAUGGUGCUGGCCUCGGUGUUCUCUCCCUAUGCCAGGAUGCUGCUGACGGCCGACAUAGAGAUCAAAGCCUGGAGUGAGGCAGGUCACCUCCUGCAUGUGUUCCAUGGACAUAACCGGCCAAUCACCAGUCUCAUCCUGCAUCCUACUACACCGGCGAUCUUCAUCUCAGCCUCUCUUGAUUGCAGUAUUCGUCUCUGGUGCUUCAACUCGCUCACCCAGAUCAUAAGCAUUCCAUGUUUAGAGGGAGUAUUAGGACUCGGACUGACUGAAGAGAAGCUGAUGUUCUCGUGGUCUCUCAGGAGUGUGCAGCUCUACCACCUCAACCACUUCCUAGAUUUCUGGGGCUACCUCCGCUAUCCAGCCCUGUCCUUUAGGCUAUGUAAGGCCCCGGGCAAGACCAAUCGACUUCUCACGUUGGGAGAUGGCAACAGUCUGCACAUCUUCUCCUGUGCCACUGGGAAGAAGCUUUGUCUGAUGCCCCCGCAUCCGUUCCUCUCACCCCUGAAAGAGUUGCCUAGCUUUGCCUAUGACCGUCAGAGUGGCCUCAUUGCUUUGCUGCUAAGUGCUUGGGAGGUCUGGAUGUAUACAGCCAGAACAGACCCUACGUGCAGAGUAGCUGAGUUGGAUGUGAGACAAUUCCAAACGCAAAGCAGAGCUGGUCGGAGUCGACAGUGUCUAGAUGAAAUUGUUCACCUGCCGAAAACCGAUGCUGUGGUAGAGAGCUGCACGAGCCUGACCUUCCUUAACUCUGUCAUCUACUACCAGACAAUGGAGGGGCCUGUCUGUGCAAAUGCCACUAGCUUCCUGCUGUGUGGCAUGGCGGAUGGACGCAUACUCUUUAUGGAUAUAGCCAUACGUAAUUUGAUGUACUAUGAGCUAAAAGUCCACAAAGAUCCUGUAGUGUGGCUGUGUCAUGACAUGGAGCAGAACUGCCUGAUGACCAUGUGUGAGGGGGUGGGCAGACGACAGUUCCAGACCUGGAGUCUACCGCAACUGGAGACUCUUCACCAGAUAAGUGUUCCCAGCAAUAUCACAGCAUUCACCUGGAUGGAGGACCUGUUCUUUGUGGGCUUUCGCACGGGAGCAGUGAGACUGGUCAGCUUGGCAGAUUCAGGAGAUGGGAAAGGGAAUCCGAGGAGGUGGGACCAGCUCCCUGGAUCACACACUGCAGAUGGUGAAAUGGAGUUCAACCCCUGCUUGAGACAAGACCACAAUGGGGCGGUACUCUCUGUGGACUCCUCCUCCUCCUUACAUCUCUUCCUGAGUUGUGGGUCGGACACGCUGAUUAAGCUGUGGGACAGACGGCGCACCCUGCUGGCCGAGGUGCAGCUGGACUCCUCGCUGAGCUGCGCGUGUUUCCUCAACCCCAGUGGUGACCUGCUGGUGGGCUUCCGCCUGCACCUCUACAAGCUGCCUCAGCGCCACCUCUUCUCCUCCCCCAGGGGCCUCAUGCAGAGCUCAGACUCCCAGACCUCCUUGACUGAUUCCUUUAUCUAUGAGAGACCAGAGUUAACAUUUGAUGGAAGGCAUGACGACCCAAUCAACAUAGAGAGCUACAUUGAGCCAUACAAAGGGUUUGACUUCAGUGUCCCUCCACAAGACGAGGCCUCAUGUAAGGCUGAUGAAGAGGAUUUGGAGUCAGAUUGGGAAGUUCCUCAUGCUCCAUCCCUAACUUACCAGUCUCUGGAGAGUUGUCUCUCGAUUUACUCAGCAGCCUCGUCCCAAAGCCUCUACCUCACGCCCGGGCAGUCCCUCACAGACAUUGACAAACUAUUGGGCGAAGAAUGCAUACAAAUCGACCUGGAAGGACCUUCAGCACAGGAGCGUCCCUCUUGUCUCUCAACGACUGACGUCUCUCCCAGGAGCCAGACAGAGGGCCUAGACCUGAGGGACAUGUCCACGAUUCCGGAAGCUUGGCCCAUUGAGUCACCUGAUGUGAUAAUAGCUGCCAGUCCCUCACUCAAGUUUGAGAAGACUUCUCCACCCCCUGACAUGAACAAGCCCCCUGGAGAUCAGGAAGAUCAGGGACUUCCAGUGUCUCGCUUUGCUAGUAUCUGCAUCAGUAUUUCUGACAUGAAAGCUCAAGCGAAACCCCAAGUGAAGAAAACUGUUCCAGAGCCUCCUUCUCCAUCUUCCCCCUCUUGUCCUCCUCCUCCUCCUCCUCCUCCUCCUCCUCUUCCUCCUCAUAUGCCACCUCCUCCACGUCAUAUGCCACCUCCGCCUCCGCCUAAAGGCGUAGAGCUGAAAAAGCAGGUCACUGGUUUGCCAACUGAAAGGUCUGGCACCACCAACAUUGCUGUCUCGGCUAAAAAACAGGUUUCAAAAUCCAAGCAGUCAAUAUCCAAACCUACCCCCUCAACAACUAUAGCAGUAAAGAAGACAUCUCAUAUCAAGGCAGCAGCAACACAGAGACCAGCCAAAGUACCCAAGCAAACUCAGGAGCCUCAGAGACCAAGAAAUGGGCCCGUGGGCACGUCUUCUAAGCUGAAAGAAAUUCUGAGGGACAGGGUAGAUGGCGAGGUGAGAAAGGUGACUUCACGGACGAAGAAGGAGGUGGUGGAGAGCGGCACCCCUCCGCCCAGACCCUGCCCUGAUGCUCAACCACAGCAGGAGAGCAGCAGCUCUGCUGUAGGUGUGUGUACUGCAGCUGAUUACAGCCAGGGGGCGCUGAGGGGGCCAGGGAAGCAGGCUGAUGCAGCUGGAGCUUCUCCAUUGAUGGUGCAGAAGAAAUGGAGUCAGUGUUCCGACGUGACACUGACUGAUGCCACACCAAAGCAACACUCCGAGGACCAAGGCCAAGAGGAGGAGAGAGAAGAUGGCGAAGAGUCUUGUGAGCCGACAGAAAUGAACAAACAGGAGUCUAGUGGCCGCUUUAGUGACUUACACGCAGAGCCCGCGGUCAGAGAGCCAAGCCCUGAGGAGCGUGAAACGAUCACACAGGUUGAUGUAGCUCUGGGAUUAAGGGGUAGCGCCAUGGCGAGGCUGUAUAGAGGGUUGGGCACAUGUGAGCAGGAAGAUAACUCUGACGAGGAGACCAGCAACAGCAGCAGCAGCAGCUCAGUGCUGAGUGGAGGAGGAGAUGAUGCUGCUAGUGUCAGGAACGAGGAGGAGGAGGAGGAGGAGGAGGAGGAGGAGGACAAGGCCAAAUCUGUGCAGCCCAAGUGUGAUUCUUCACUGGUUCACCCAGAAGUUUCCAGAACCCAUCAUCACCUCAGUGUAAGACAAGAGAUUUUGUCUAAAAUAUUCAGCAAGAGCUCCAUGUCAGGAAAUCAUGAAGAUGGGCAAAUUUCCAGGAGAAGCUCUACUAGAUUUGGCAGUUGGGUAUCGCGUGCGGAUAUCAGGCAUUUUGACAACGAUGUCACCCCGGCUGUGAACUCCCAAAAACAGGCUUCGAAUGAACCUGUACAACACAUUUCCUCUGAAGACCAGAAGAGGUUGCACAAGAAGAAACGACUCAAUGAGAGUGAUGAGAACUGGAUUGACCAAGAGCUUCGCCGACAGUUGUAUCUACAGAGGGUGCGGCGACAGAGGCAAAGUCAAGUCCAGGAGAAGAGGACUGACCUUGAGCAAAAAAGACUUCAGCGGUUGCUUAAGCAGCCAUACCAUGCUUUUUGUGGGAAUAUCAAUACAGGUCCCGAUGGACCCACGCGGCAUGACAUUAGUGGUCAGCAGGGGGUUUGCUCAAUCUGCCAGCAGCCCUUGGGUGGAGGCUCAGGACAGGGCCUUCCAGGCGCCAGUGGAGCUGCGCUUCACCAGAGAGCUCACAGUCAUACUCAGGGAUUGGCGACAGAUCAGCCAUACAGACUUCAGAUCCCCAGUGUCUCUAAGACCUGGGAUGAUUCCACUAGGCAGAGCUCGAAAAACCAGAACAGAGUCCUGCCUCUCAGACCUCACUCUAGUGCAUCUAUUCCCAGUAAAGGGCAUUUUAUGUUGACUCAUUCCCCCCAUGUCCCGGUCAGUCACCCACCUUCACAAAUAGAGGAGAGACUGCUGAGAACUCGCUUCCCCAAGUAUUACAGAGCACUGUCAGCCAAGGGAAUAAUCCCCAGCCAGCAUCACACCAUGCACUAGCAGCAUUCAACAAGAGAUUCUUUACCACAACAAUAAACCUUGGAUGAACUUAGCUGAGCUGCCACUUCGUUGGGAAAAGAAGCCUCACUGCAGACUACUCACAAUGUAUCCUCUUGUGGGGUUCAAUCUGCAUGUUUGUAUGU